UGUAUUUCAACUUCGUCGCUCGUUCAGUUAACACGUUUGCGCGCUUGGCUUAUUCUAUUUAACGCUGCUGUUCAAGACAUUUUGAGUUUGCUCGUACUGUUGUUGUCGUUGUUGUUGUUGUUUAAUGUUCUGUUUGUGUAAGACGAACAACAACAUCAUCGGCGCACAGAGAAAAAUCCACUACAAAGAAGUGGUACAAAAGAAGCAUUUCUUUUUUGGUUUUCCAGACUCAAAUCGAUCGCAACUCCAACCGCGAACCACGCCAUACAUUCGGGUGGGGGAUUGUUGGACAACAAGUGCUCCGCGAGACAACGACUAUCUUUCCGUUCUAUUCUGUGUUCGUUUCUUCAUCAUCUUCAUUCAGUCUGUGUUUUUCGUUGUGGCGGAGUAAAGCUAAGCGCGAGUUUAAGUCUCACAUUUGAUGUCGUGUGCCCAGAAUAUUUUUUUGUUUGUGAUUGACCGAGAGUAGAAAGAAUAAAAUAAAAAUUCUAAAGAAUUAAAGCUAAAGAAAACAAAAACAACAACUAACAUAAAUUGUGGACGUGAGUGAGUGUUACACAUUUUUUUUCUGUGGCUUGAAGUAACAAGAAACCAAGCGACCCAUAUACCCAAACUCCAGCUUUUUAACCUGACCAUUGAGAAUCAGAAAAGCAACCCAAAAAACGGCAAAGAAUUUGCGCCCAACCGUUGGUUAAAAAAAACGAAAAAAGUAAAAAAACCAAACAUAAAACAACAAUUUAAGAAUUCAUAUAAACCAAAUUGAAGAUUACAUUUUUUGUCGGAGUGUGUGCCUCCGACAAGCUCCUGUGCUGCUUUGGAACAAAAACAAGAGGAAAGAAUUGUGUGCAAUUUUACUGGUGUUAACAAGCAGAAUCAAGAAACAGAUAAACCCAAAGACUGGCAAAGAAUUUCAUUAAUCGUGGACCAUUUAUAAUUGGCCAAAUUUUUCCCUCCCCGUUCGUGUGUAAACAACCGCAUCAAAAAAUAUAACGCAAGUCAACGUCUUAACGCUUGCAAGUCAUAAAUUUUUCUUCAUUACGUUUACAAGCGUUUUUGUGUGAUUUCAUCAUACGACAAUACAGCUCCAGGAUGUGGAGCCCACAAAAAGGUCCUACACGACUGUGGGACCUUAGGUUUAGUGUUUUACUUAUUUUACAUUUAAUGUUUAGUUUAGUCUUAGCUGGUAAUGAAUUGUGGCCCAUGGAGAGGCCGGAAGGUAUGCCAAACAUAGUCUCAUUAGAAGUGAUGUGCGGUAAGGAUCACAUGGAUGUUCAUUUAACAUUUUCACAUCCAUUUGAGGGUAUUGUUAGUUCAAAGGGUCAACACAGUGAUCCACGUUGCGUUUAUGUACCUCCAUCGACGGGUAAAACAUUCUUUUCAUUUAGGAUAUCGUAUUCGAGAUGUGGUACAAAACCAGAUUUAAAUGGACAAUUUUAUGAAAAUACUGUGGUCGUGCAAUAUGACAAAGAUCUACUGGAAGUUUGGGAUGAAGCGAAACGUUUACGCUGUGAAUGGUUUAACGAUUAUGAGAAAACAGCAUCAAAACCGCCAAUGGUAAUUGCUGAUCUGGACGUAAUACAAUUGGAUUUCAGAGGUGACAAUGUCGAUUGUUGGAUGGAAAUACAGCAUGGACGUGGCCCUUGGGCACCACCUGUUAGUGGAAUUGUACCAUUGGGAUCUACUCUCACCUUGGUGGUGGCCAUCAAUGACUAUCGUGGUGAAUUCGACAUGCGUGUCAAAUCAUGUGUAGCUUCUGACGGUUCCGGACAUGUCAUAAAUCUAUCCGAUGAAUUUGGUUGCGUACUACGACCGAAAAUGAUAUCCCGUUUCCUCAAGUCGCGAGCACCCGAUGAGCGUGCCACUGUCAUAACGUAUGCCUUCUUCCAUGCCUUCAAAUUUCCCGAUGCCUUGAGUGUUCACAUUAAAUGUAAAGUGGAGAUAUGUCGUCAUGGGUGUCUGGAUCAUUGUCAGUUGGCGGAUAACUCGAAUGAACGCAAAGACAUAAUACGCGAUGAAAAUAUGAUGAACAAAAAUGAUUUGUUGCAUGAAAUGGCAGCAGCACAGCAUCACGGAGGUGGUGGUGGCGGUGGAAUGAUGGGGCCGAAUACACAUCACAAUAUGGGUGGAGGUGGUAUGGGUGGUCAUACUAAUGAAGUGGGAAUGGGUUCGGUCAGUGGAGGAGGAGUUGGUGGUGGUGGUUCGAAUAUGCCACCCCAUCCUGGCCAUGGUCAUGGUGAUGGCAGCGAUCAUGAUGUCUUCUAUGAUGAUAUUAUUCACAAUCGCAAACAGUUGUCCCAAAUCAACAGCGGCAUUGCCAAUAUUUUGGAUCAUUUCAAUAAUGUCCAUGAAAAGAAUGCAAAUUUGGCACCCAGACCGGUUCACGAGGAUCCUGAGGAACAGGAGUUAGAUGACAUAUUCGGUGAGGAGGAAUUAGCCAAUUUGGACGAUGCUCAAUAUAUGGAACUGAGAAAUAGUGGCAAAUUCCCACAUGGACCCAGACAACUGGCUCAAAAACGUAUGGGUGUACCAAUGGCUGGACCACGUUCUCUUGAACCCAAAGAUGAUCGGCCACAUCCUGUUUAUCGCCCUCAAGCAGAAUCUUUAACCCAGACUCGUGACGAUCACAUAGACUUGGAUAAACUGACCAAAGAAGAAGGGGAGGCAAAGGAUGGAAAUAACUCCAAGGCAGACAAUAAGACAUCAACGGAAGGAAUACCAAGACGUCGACGCCGUUCAAUUGUUAUCUCGGAUCGCAAAGUACGCAGUGCCGAUGUGGGUGUAAGUGGGCUGUAUGAUGUCAUUUCCGAGGCUGAUUUGGCCUUCUCACCGGAUACCAAACAGGAAGCUGUCACCGUUUUCCAAGGAAAAAUCACCGAAGAGGUCGUCUAUGGUAUAUGCAUGCCUGUGCCAGGUUUUAGUAUUCUCUUCAUUGUUGUCAUCUCAGCCACAAUUGUAUCAGCUUUGAUUGCCGGCUCACUACUCUAUCGCUAUCAGUUGCAGAAGGAGGCCAUGGAGAAGGAAAAUCCCAUGCCUGUUUACGGCACUUUGGCAUCUUGGAUGACUCUGCGUAUGUUCCGUAUGCGACAACAAGCCCAGCAGCAGCAUGAACAGAAUGCAGCACAAAAUGCUGCCGCCGUUGCGGCAGUUCACAAUUCUUUGUCGGCGGCUGCAGCAGCCGCCACACUAACACACGAAACCCUGCAAUAAUUUAAGUUUAUAAAAAUGUCUAAACGAAACAAACACAUAUUUAAAUACCAGAAAAAGAGAAACAACGACAAAUAUUGACUGAAUACUAAAAAGACAAAAAGAAAGGAACUAACAGAAAACAAUCCUUAUUUAUUUUUUAAUUUAAUUAUACAGCCAAGAUCGAACGAAAAGAAAACACAUAUUUAAAAGAAAGUAAAUAAAGUUAAACAUAAACGAUUUUCGGGCAUAAUUGCAAUAGUUAAUUAAUUUAAUUUUUUAUUUAUUUAUUUUUUUUUUUUUGUUUUAAUUUACACCAGCUGCAACUACCACAAAGUAACUUUACGUAAAUUGUCCAAAUUGAUUAUAUGUAUUUUGUUUUAAUUUACAAAAGAACAUACUAUUUAUAUUUAUUGUAUUUAUUUUAUUUUUUGUUUCUAGUUUAUAAGCCAACGAACGAUUGAUCAUUCACAUCUACAUCAUCAUCAACAUCAAUCAUCAUUGACGACAUUGAAAUAUUUUGCGGAAUAUUUCGUUGUAAAACUUAUUUUUGGUGCUUUCCCAUGGUGCAUUUAGUUAAAUCUACACUACAAUUUUAUCAUCAUCUCCCCCUCCCUCUCUCUCUUUCUCUCUCUCCACUUCUAUACAUUGAGCUCCUAAGUUAUUCUACUAUCAUUAUAACUAUCAUCUUAUUGUCUUAUAUUAAGUUUAAUUUCAAAAUAUAAUUUAUGUUUACAAAAUAAAUAAAAUUA